UAGCGAGCAACCAUUCUGUGCUCGUAUUGCGUGGUGUUAAAAGUAAUCUACAAAUAGAAAGUGAAUAUUAGAUUCCAUGCGCCAAGUUCCCGAACAGAGUAUCAGUCGUGUGUUAGAUUCUGCUAAAAGUGCAUCAUAAAAAUGAAUCCGUCAGUGCAACGUACAUUUUUAAGCUUAAUUGCACUAAGUGUAGCUUCUUGGAUAAUAGCUGGGCAAGUAACUCAAGCUUUCAAGCUGAUUCAACCAUGGUCCGAGGAAAAGCCUGUAUGCAGUAACAACAACCAUAAAUUACUAUCCCUGUUCAACUUACUGUGCAAUGCUACUCAAACGACAUCGAUUGCAACCAGAGAUGCCUGUUACGGUUGCUUCUUUCGAGCGGGAGUCCUUCCAGCCGGGCAGACGCAACUAACGGCGGUUAGUCAAUGUGCUACAAUUUAUCUCAUGAACAGCAAUUACGCAUUGUGUGCUACGAGCUUAGCGGCUAUUGUAACCGGAAUGCGUCCAACUUCAGCACCCGCCAUAGGAACAAACUGUUAUACCGGAUACUGCGAGUUUGUGCAGUGUGUCCGCCGUGUGAAUGCUAACUCCCUCAUCAAUCAAUGCAUUUUGCAAACGCUUGCCAACAAGGAUCUCAACGUUCAAUCUCAACGAGUUGGUUUCUACAUAAAUGCAACAUCAUGCAUCCUGGCAAGAACACGGUGCGAUACUUACAAUCCGAUCACCGGUGAGCUUCAAACCCCGUACGGGCCCAGUAUGCCCCUUGGCGUACGUAAUAUGGACGUUCUAUCAAAUGCUCUACAGAUUUCACCGAUGGGUGACUUACGAAUUGUUUCGUUUCCUACGAAAAUUAUUGCCGCUGAUUUAUUUUGUUCGAGUCGAACGUUUCUGGACCAGUCCACUUUUGGAGAUUCAACAUGUUAGUUAGGACUACGUCAAGCCAAAGACUGGAUUUCAUCAUCUUGAAUAAAGCUAGCUUAUUUUAGUCUUAUUUUUAGUUUUAGACAUAAUCUUUAUUACGCCUUUAUCAGAUAUACAUUCCGUAUCAAAAAAAUUAAGUCAAGAUUUCAGUGCUAGAAUUAUGGUAUUUUUUGGUGCACGAUGCAAUUAUGUUUCAAAUAUGUCAUUGACAUUUUUAUUAAUUUGCGUACAAAGUAUGUUUCAUGAAUUGUUUUCCAAAUAAAAGUUUUAUUUAUAAAAUAGCUCAUAAACUUAUAAACUUAUUAGAAUAAAUGUUUUUAAUGUUUGAAAGGAGUGACCUCAAAUUUUUGAUCGGUAGUUUAUGUGCAACUGGAAAGAAAUCAACAAUUAGUAAACUUAUCCAAGAUACCGUUAUUUCGGGUGAAAUUGAUCAUUUUUCACUGAUCAAAAUGACGCAAUCGUUGUAAUGAAGACGAAAAACGUAAAAACUUUGUCGCAAGCGCUACUAUUCGGCGUACCAAACUAAAACUAUUUCUCCACGGUGGAUAUUCUAACUUACCUACAAUAUAGAUUGAUAUUACAAGUGUAAUUUUGUGAAAGCUGUUAUGGUUUGCCUACUUGUACAC